AUGGCGACCUCUCUGCCAACAAAUUCACGUCCCCCUGUGUGGGACUACCCCUGCGCGCCUCCUCCUUAUCGGCAGCAAAGCCUUCCCCCGUUUUCGAUUGUGUCGUCUUUUUCGCUGGGUACUAGGUCAGCCCCUCUGUCCCAGGCCUUUUCUGCGUCUUCUCCGUCGGUUUCUUCCCCGCCUUCGACACCUCUCGUGAUUCUUCCGUACCCGUACUCGCCGCUUUAUCCGGCAUAUCCAGCGGUGCUCGGGUACGAGUGCGUAGGAGGAGGACCCCUUCCUACUCAAGGAAUCCGCCCGUUUCCGCAGGGCUGGCAGCCGCAAGCAAUGCCUCACUACGCGCCUGUUAUCUGCGGCGCUUCGCCCCGUGCGGGUAGCCUCGCAUUCAGCCUCCAUCCAGUCCCAGCCUAUUCACCCUUCUCCCUCGCUCCACCGCAGCGGCCGGCGUCGUCGUUUCAUCCCGUGGAGCUGGUGGGCGCGCAGGGGCUACAAACCGAGACUGCAUCUCGGCCCUUGCCGGAGACUGCGUCCUACAGCGUGAAGCGCAGCCCCACACAUACGGAAGACACUCCUCCAUCGAUUGAUGCUGCGUCGCGCAGUGGAGUUGCACAUGUCGCGAGCCCUGGACGCGCACUCGAGCAGACGGACCUGCGGAGAUUGGGGUUCCACAGCGAAGGAGGACAAAGUGGUCACCUAGAAGACGCGCCGCACGAAGACCUUGCCGACGAAGAGGUGGAGGAACACGGUGGACGAGGCGAGGGCGCGCGAGGCGAAGAGGAGGGAAGCGACCACUGCGGCGGAGCCCACGGGGGAGCCGGUGGGGUAUGGGGCGACGCAGGAACACAGGGGGAGGCGAGGAGUCAUGCACGAGACGAAGCAGAACGACGAGAACUCACUAAAUGUCCUUCUUCCGUUCUGCCUCCGCAACACCCCGCGAUGACAUCGACCUCUUCUGCGGAGAGGGGAAACGAGCGCCGAUGCCCCAAGUCGCCUGUUCUCCGCGUCACGGGCGUGCCUGCGGACCUGCCUCUGUGGGACCUGCAUCGCUUUUUCUCGAGUUGCACCGAAGGCGAAGGCAUCCUCGACAUUUGCCCCGAGUCUGCAGGGGUUGUGUGGGUAAAGUUUUUCAGUGAGCGCGGCGCAAGGCUUGCGGCUGAGAAGCUCUCAGGGCUCGCGGUCGUCCCCCCAGCGGACGCGAGUCCUUGCGGCGCUCAUGAGAGGUAUCAUGCACGCCCCCCCUCCGCUGCCGCCGCUUCGGUCUCUCCGCCUUCCGCUGCGUCGGCUGAGGCCUGUCGACCGUGGACCGCUCGCCACCCCCGUCUCUCUCGAGACCUUCUCCCCCCUCGCUCUUCACUCUCUCCAUCGGUGUCCUCGUCGCCCUGGUCUUCUUCCUCCUCACAGUCGCAUCAGUCUGGCUGUUCAUCACCCUCCUUCUCUUCCUUCUGGUCUCCCGCAUCUCCCUCUCUGGCCUCUUUCUACCCCCGCGCCUCGCCUUCGCUCGGGCCGCUCGGCUUUCCGCAGUCGCCAGCGAACAGCGGCUUCCACCGAAACGCCCCCAAGCCGAGGGAGAAGUCCUUCGGCGGAAGGCCCCCGUACAGGCAUAGACCGAGAGGCGCCGGAGGAGACGGGGCGGAAGGGACGCAGCCCACAGUCGGAGACCUCCGAUCCUUCGUCCAACCAGAAAGCUACGCUCCGACCGCAGUCUACGCUGCCGAUUUCACUGCUGAGUAA